UUUUUGGGUUUUUUUUUUUUUUUUUGGAAAUUUUGUAUUUCCUGGUGGUUUUUUUUGGUGUUGAACAGGAUUUAGGCACAGCGGGAUUUACCGGCAUUGCCUCACUGGCAGCACAGCCAUCAACUUCCAUCACACCCCAACCUCUGGAAGCGACUCCAGUCUCUGUGCUCCCCUAUUCUUUUCCAAAACAACAAUCACUGCUGCUGCAGAAAGCUGAGCUAGGAGCUUGUGGCGUUCAAACCCCAGCAAAGCAGCAGUUUUCUAAGGAAUGCUGGUAAAUCCCAGGCACCAAUGUGAUCCAAACAAAACAUUCCCGGCCCUGCUGGUGCUGCCAGCUGGGUCAGGCUGUUUGAAUGGUGCUGCUGAUCUUUAAUCACAAGUUUUAUUUAUCCCUGGUGCCCUGAGGAGCAGAAUUCAGUGGGAAGGUGAAGGUGAAAUUUAGAACACCUCUGAAUGCAUGUGCCAGCAGCGCUUUUGGGUGACUCCAUCCUUUCACCACCCAAAUUUCUUGGGAGUGGAGUUGACGCUCUGGGGGCCGGAAUCUCUUCUGGAAUUUGCAUUACGCGCUUUGGUUCAGCUCCUUUGCACUUUGAGUCAGUGAUUUGUGCUGCUUGUGGAAAUAAACUGUGCCCUUCCCUCCUCAGCUUGCUCGUGGCUGCCAAAAUAAUGUUUAUUCUGUUCAGCAUCCAGAGGUGCCAGUGGAUGGGAGCUCUGGAGGAGAAUCCCAGCUUUCCCUGUGGGUCCUGCCAGCUGCCCCUGGAUUUUGGGGCUUUCAGCUGAACAGAUUUGUAGAAAACCCAUCCUGGGAUGGAUCCCUGUAGGAGAGCGAAGCAGCAGCGUGUUUUCUCCCUGGAUUUCUGGGGUGGGUGUUGUGUUUUAUGUGACAUCACUUACCUGCUAGAGGGGGUCCUCCCAUGGCUGCUAUCCCUGCGAAGAAGGCAGCAAACCCCAGGUAGCUGUGGAGCUUUUCCACACCCACCAGAUCCACCUGUUCGGAAACCAAAAUGGAUAAUUAGCGAUUGGCUUCAGAGGAAUGCGCAGGAGAUUAAUUGAUUUUUUUAAUUAUUAUUUUUUAAAGCACAAGAGAUGAUUUGGGGUGGGGUUUUUUUUUUUGAGGGGAAUUCCCUCUUCAGCUGCAGCUUUGGAAGGACUUUGCCCUCCGCCUGUAGGUCUGAUCCAGCCUGGAAUCCGUUCGCCUCCUUAAGGCGGGUGUGGAAAUUACUGGGAUGGGAGAUGCUUCUCUCUGCCCUCUGGCUGCCCAGACUCUGAGGAAGGAGUUUUAAACUCUGAACGCCUUCCAGAAAGAAAUGCCAAAUUCUAAUGGUGCCUCCCUGCCUGGAUCAGGGAAUCCUGGGCUGGUUUGGGUUGGAAGGGACCUCAAAGCCCUGCUGUGGCAGAGACACUUCCAGCAUUCCAGGCUGCUCCUGGACACUGCCAGGGAUCCAGGGGCACCCUGUGCCAGGGCCUCCCCACCCUCCCAGGCAACAAUUCCAUCCCAAUCUCCCACCCAUCCCUGCCCUCUGGCAGUGGGAAGCCAUUCCCUGUGUCCUGUCCCUCCAGCCCUUGUCCCUCUCCAGCUCUCCUGGAUCCCCUGCCAGGGGUUCGGAGCUCUCCCUGGAGCCUUUUCCUUUCCGAGCUGAGCAUUCCCAGCUCUCCCAGCCUGGCUGCAGCCCUGGGAACAUCUGCACAGCCUCCAGCAGGAUCCUGCUGCAGCUCUCUGUGUGUUCCAGGCGGUUCUGGGCAUUCCCAGCUCUCCCAGCCUGGCUGCAGCCCUGGGAACAUCUCCAUGGCCUCCAGCAGGAUCCUGCUGCAGCUCUCUGCACGUUCCAGGCAUUUCUGGGCAUUCCCAGCUCUCCCGGCCUGGCUGCAGCCCUGGGAACAUCUCCAUGGCCUCCAGCAGGAUCCUGCUGCAGCUCUCCGUGUGUUCCAGGCAUUUCUGGGCAUUCCCAGCUCUCCCAGCCUGGCUGCAGCCCUGGGGACAUCUCCAUGGCCUCCAGCAGGAUCCUGCUGCAGCUCUCUCUGCAUGUUCCAGGCGGUUCUGGGCAUUCCCAGCUCUCCCAGCCUGGCUGCAGCCCUGGGAACAUCUCCAUGGCCUCCAGCAGGAUCCUGCUGCAGCUCUCUGUGUGUUCCAGGCAUUUCUGGGCAUUCCCAGCUCUCCCAGCCUGGCUGCAGCCCUGGGAACAUCUGCACAGCCUCCAGCAGGAUCCUGCUGCAGCUCUCUCUGCGUUCCAGGCAUUUCUGGGCAUUCCCAGCUCUCCCAGCCUGGCUCCAGCCCUGGGAACAUCUCCAUGGCCUCCAGCAGGAUCCUGCUGCAGCUCUCUGUGUGUUCCAGGCAUUUCUGGGCAUUCCCAGCUCUCCCAGCCUGGCUGCAGCCCUGGGAACACCUCCAUGGCCUCCAGCAGGAUCCUGCUGCAGCUCUCUCUGCGUUCCAGGCAUUUCUGGGCCACCUGGGACUCACCAGCACGGGCAGCACCAGGGCCAUGA